AUGGCAGAUGAGUUGUCGCAGAGGCAAAUUGAAGAAUUCAAACAAGUAUUCUCCGUUUUUGACAAAGAUGGAAAUGGGACGAUUACUGGGAAAGAAUUGGGAACAGUGAUGAGAUCUUUGGGACAAAAUCCGACAGAAGCUGAGCUGAACAAAAUGAUUAAUGAAGUAGACUCGGACGGGAAUCGAACCAUCGACUUUGAUGAAUUCCUUGAGAUGAUGGCUCGCAAAAUGAAAAGCCCAAUUUUGGAGGCCGACAUUCGAGCUGCUUUUAAAGUUUUUGAUAAAGAUGGAAAUGGUCAUAUUUCAGAAACGGAAUUGCGGCAUGUCAUGACGAGUUUGGGUGAAACGCUAACUGAAGAGGAGCUGGAGGACAUGAUUGGUGAAGCUGAUGUUAAUGGAGAUGGAUUAGUGAAUUAUGAGGAAUUUGUGAUCAUGAUGACUCAAGAA